AUGGUGAAAUACGCCUCCUGCCAUUACUACGACGACCUACCCGUAAAGCCGGACUCCGAGAAGGGCUACACCUUCCGCGAUCUUGCGAUGGAGAAGGAGGUGCUAACGAUCUGCCAGGGCAUCGGGAUGGGGGCGCAGUUUGGCGGAAAGUACUACGCGCACGACGCGCGGGUGAUUCGCAUGCCGCGGCAUGGGGCGUCCUGCCCGAUCGGCAUCGGUGUUUCCUGCAGUGCCGACCGCCAGGCCCUGGGGAAGAUUAAUGCGGACGGCAUUUGGCUGGAGGAGCUCGAGGACGACCCUGUCAAGUUCAUGCCCGAUGUGAACGAGAAGGACCUCUUGCAGGUCCCGGCCGUCGAGGUGGACCUGAACCGGCCGAUGGCCGAGCUCCUCGCGGAGCUCUCGAAGUACCCCGUGAAGACCCGGCUUAGCCUCACCGGGACGAUCGUCGUCGCGCGGGAUAUGGCCCACGCCCGGAUUCGCGAUAUGCUGGAGGAGGGAACGCCGAUGCCGCAGUACAUGAAGGACUUCCCGGUCUAUUACGCGGGUCCGGCGAAAAAGCCGGACGGCGCGGCCUCCGGCUCCUUCGGGCCCACCACCGCGGGCCGCAUGGACAUCUUCGUCGACCUCUUUCAAUCCCACGGCGCCUCCAUGAUUAUGCUCGCGAAAGGGAACCGUAGCCCCAUGGUGACGGAGGCCUGUAAGAAGCACGGCGGUUUUUACCUGGGUAGUAUUGGCGGCCCUGCUGCAGUGCUCGCACAAGACUGCAUUAAAAAUGUGGAAGUAUUUGAUAUGGAAGAACUAGGGAUGGAGGCGAUUUGGAAGAUCCAGGUAGAGAAAUUUCCAGCCUUUAUCAUUGUGGAUGACAAAGGGAAUGACUUUUUCACACCUCCUAGAAAGAGACGAUAG